ACUCUCACCAUACAGGAGGCUGAGAGAGGCAGACAGAACUAUCUUGAAGGAGAAUGCAUGCCUGAAGACUCCUCUACCCCUAACACGGGACAGGUGUCCAGCUGUGUGCCUGUUACAACUGCCCUGCAUGAAGGACAAUCCAGCAGACGCAGCUGAAUUGGAAAGGAUGCUUGGGGCUCUCUCAAGUAGAUCUUGGACCAAGAGAUACUUGCUACACGUGUUCAACAGAAGAUAUGCUCUCUUCAAUCGGCGGUGAGAUGGAAGUGGACUAUCUCUCACCACCAAUGCUACAGGAAGAAUUCAGGCCAAGAGAAAGCAAGCUCAUUCCCAAGAUAAGGAUCCUGAUGCCAUCUGCCAGAUCCUGGGGCAGCAAGAAGCAAGCCAGGGAUGAGCCAGCACUCCUAAGAGUGGAGGCUCCACCCUGGAAGCAUCUCACAGCAGGGCGGAGACUCUUUGCUCACUGUGAGGAGGCCAGCCAGACGCCAGACGAGGGGGAGCGCCCCAGAGAGGUGAAGAGGCUCAGACAGUUUCCAUCCAUCCUGUGGCCACCACCACCUUCUCCAGCUUCAUCCUGGAGGAGGUGUGACCCAGGAGCUCUCCCAGCACAGGGGACCCAGAGCAGAAAUCUCAGGCCUGGGUUCUUCUCACGGGCCAUGAGGAAGCCACCCCGCAGAAUGAGCCCCUUUCAAGGCUCCUCCUCAGCCCCCACCCAGAGCUGCUGCUCACCUGGCUCCUACCCCACCCGCACCUCCUGCAGAUGGGAAAACAAAGCCCAGAGAAACAGGGAUUCAGCUCUGUUGCUGCUGCUGCUGGCUAAGAAGGGGAUAGCCAGGCAUCCUGACUCUCAGCUCACAGUGGUCCGAAGAAAGGGCUUGGUUUGGAUCAGCUCUGGAAGAGCACUAGUGGGGGUAGGAAGGUAGCUCCAUCAAUGAAGUGUUUGCCAUGCUCCUCCAGACACAAAAUGGCCUGGAUAUCCAUGACCUCGCAGUGCCCGACACUACCUACACAAGACCAUCAUGAGAGGAGGGA